UCCACCUUACCAAGUUUCUUUUCCCAGUUCAGUGAACAAGUAGAGCUAUCUAUCUCAUAAGAUGAAGGUGAAGAAGGGAUGUGUAGCAGUUCAAGUUGGUUCUGAGGAACAAGGUGAUGCUACUGUCACUGAUUCUCAAAGAUUUCUAAUCCCUAUUUCAUAUCUUUAUCAUCCUCUUUUCAACAAUCUUCUUGACAUGGCUUACGAGAGUUACGGCUACAGCACUGAUGGUCCUCUCAAGCUGCCUUGUUCGGUUGAUGACUUUCUUCACCUCCGGUGGCUGAUUGAAAAAGAAUCAACACCUCACCACCACCACCACCAUCAUCAUCAUCAUCACUAUCUCCCUUACGCCUUGUAUUUCAUCUCUUGUUAAUAAUAAGAAUAAUAAUACUCACUUUUCUGUCGUUGUGCUACUCUGUGUCUCUUAUUUUAUAUUUUUCAUUUCUCUUGUUGUUUAAUCUUAGAUAUAGAGAAGAUGACUCUGCUUUUUGUAUUUAAUAAAAUUACAACACAAAUAAUACUAUGCUUAUAAAUAAAUCUUCAUGUAUAAUGAUAAUUAUAAGGUUUUAUGCUGUUUUAACACACAGCAA